CAAUCAUAAAAUUUCCAUGGUCAAAACUGAACAAACGAUAACAACAUUAUUUCAUGUUAAAGAAGACUUCGAUUUUGCUUUUUCCAUUGCUUGCCUAUAAAAUAGACAAAUGUUAUGUAUUAAUUGCACAGGCUUCCAUGGGUUCGAUACAAAAGAAGCCACAUGUCUUGUGCAUACCAGCGCCAGCACAAGGCCAUAUUAACCCCAUGCUAAAAGUUGCUAAAAUCCUCCAUUCCAAAGGCUUUCAUAUUACCUUCGUUAACACCGAGUUCAACCAUCAACGACUCCUCAAAUCUCAGGGCUCCGACGCCCUACAUGGCCUCCCUUCCUUCUGUUUUGAAUCCAUUCCAGAUGGCCUUCCGCCACCAGAAAACCCUGAUGCCACCCAAGAUGUUCCAUCCUUAUGCAAGUCCGUCGAUGGAACUUGCUUGGGUCCCUUUAAAAGUCUCCUCACAAAACUGAAUGCUUCAUCUUCUCCGGUGACUUGCAUAGUGGCUGACGUCCUUAUGGGCUUCACCUAUGAUGCCGCUACUGAAUUUGAUAUCCCCGAGAUAGUCUUAUGGACCAGUGGUGUUAGUUCUCUUAUGUGUCUUCAUGAGUAUCCCAAUCUUUUAGAGAGAGGUUUGAUGCCAAAAGAAUCGGGUGUUUUAGAAGAUGGGUAUUUAGAUACCACGAUAGAUUGUCUACCAACCAUGCCUGGUAUACGUCUAAAAGACAUGGUUUCAUUCUUUAGAAAUACCAACCCUGGUGACGAAUACAUGAUUCAGUUUUUGUGUGUACAAGUUGAGAGAGCGAAAAGAGCUUCUGCCGUUAUAUUCAACACCUUUCAUGAACUAGAAAGUGAGCUUUUGGAGAUGCUUGGUUCGAUAUUUCCUCCAUGCUAUGAAAUUGGUCCUUUGAAUUUACUAGAGAAGAUACUUGUUGAUGAAUCUGUAUCAUCGCUCAAAUCAAAUCUUUGGAAAGAAGAUCACGAAUGUUUGAAAUGGCUAGAUUCUAAACCACCAUCUUCAGUUAUUUAUGUGAAUUUCGGUAGCAUCACAGUGAUGACACAUCAACACCUAGUCGAGUUUUGUUGGGGACUUGCGAAGAGUAAUUAUUCGUUCUUAUGGAUAAUACGUCCAGACCUUGUCGUUGACAACUCUGCCAUGCUUCCACCAGAGUUUUUGGAAGAGACAAACAUUAGAGGGAUGUUGGCUAGUUGGUGCCCACAAGAACAAGUUCUGAAUCACCCAUCGAUUGGAGGAUUUUUAACACACAGUGGAUGGAAUUCGACACUUGAAAGUAUUUCCAGUGGAGUCCCAAUGAUUUCUUGGCCAUUUUUUGGUGAUCAACAACCAAAUUGCUGGUCGUGUUGCAAUAAGUGGGAGGUUGCCAUGGAGAUUGACAAUGAUGUAAAGAGAGAAGAAGUUGCUAAGCUUGUCAUUGAGUUGAUGAAUGGAGAAAGGGGAACCGAGUUGAGGAAGAACGCAAUCGACUUGAAGAAUAGGGCUGAAAAAGCAUGUGCCUCUCCUUUUGGUUCAUCCAUUGUUAAUUUGGAUAAAAUCUCGCCUCCUUCCAUUCUACAUCUCUAUGGCGACCACGACUUAACAGAAACUCCACCAUUCCACAUCUCAUACUCGAACCCUAGAUCUCGCCUCCUUCCGUUCCUAUAUCCUUUUGGCACUUACCGAUUCUUGUCCCUUCCCCGAGACAAACGUCGGUCACCUAAACUCAAAUCCUCUAAGGAUACCUGCUCCACCAUUUUAUUUAAGAGCACGAUUCCUUCUGUUUCACCUGUUCGACACUUCCCUACGCUGCCACUUCUCUCCUCCUCACUGCGACCACAAGAGCAUCAUCUCGUCUUCCCAAUCACGCCUUCCUCAUUAUUGGAGAAAAGAUUGCAUCUGGAUCAUGUGGUGAUUUGUGUGAGUGUGAAGAAGGAUGUGAUCGUGACAAUCUCUUCUUGUGCAUGGGUUUGCUAUGAAUCAGAUGGUGAAAUUGAGGCUCUACGUGAAUGGCUGGAAGAUGAUGAUGCAAAAGAGAAACAACUGAAAGAAAACAUUAAAAAAUGGCAAAGGAACAAAUCCAAUGAUUUAAAUGAUGAUCACAUUGUGGGUCAAGUUGCACUUCAGUGCAGGUCAUCGGUUCAUUCCACAAAUGUAAGGGCAGAAAUGGAAUAG